AUGGUUGUAUUCUCGAAGACGGAUGACAGAAAUGCAGACACUGCGAUAUUAGAAAGACUUGCGAGCAAGUUGGAAUUGCGUACAGUUGCAGACUUGAAGGUAGAAACAGCAGCUGUUAGGAAACUUGUAAAAGAAAGAGCUGGGUUGAGUGUAGAGGCCAGUCAGCAAAUAAUAGAGCUUUUGGGAAAAUUCAAAAAACUGGCUAGGAUGGAGGAAUCCAGUGUGCUUGAUGGUCCAGUUUCGUCCAGAAAUCUAUAGAAGUGCCUGUCUUUGGUGAUUCCUCACGAAUUCCUCUAUCCAAUCUUGCUCCCAAAGACAGGACAAACUUUAGUCCACUUGUCACUGGCACCAAACUAUGCCCUUCGCAACCUAAUUCUGCAAUGGUGCGAGAAGAACCAGUUUGAGUUGCCCAGAAAGGAUAUUAAAGCAGGCUUUAAUGGCUCCUCCAUUCAAGUCAAACAGAAAAACUCUUCUUUGGUCCAAAACCUAUCAUCAUCUCAACCAGAUGUGCAGAGAAAGGUCAUUAUGAAGAUUCGGAUGCUAACCAAAGAGAACCCAGAUAACAAAAUUCGUAUUGCCAACAGAGGAGGAAUCCCUCCUCUGGUUCAACUCCUGUCCUAUCCAGAUUCCAAGCUUCAAGAACACACUGUAACAGCCCUUUUGAACUUGUUAAUUGAUGAGGCAAACAAAAGACUCAUAACUAGAGAAGGAGCCAUUCCAGCUAUAAUUGAAAUUUUGCAGAAUGGAACAGAUGAGGCCAGAGAAAACUCUGCUGCAGCCCUCUUCAGCUUGUCAAUGCUCGACGAAAACAAAGUAACAAUUGGGUCUUUAAAUGGGAUCCCUCCCUUGGUAAACCUCCUGCAGAAUGGAACAACCAAAGAGAAGAAGGAUGCAACCACUGCCUUGUUUAACCUGUCACUCAACCCAUCCAAUAAGUUGUGAGCCAUCAAGGCAGGUAUCAUACCAGCAUUACUUCAUCUGCUCGAGGAUAAAAACCUGGGAAUGAUCGAUGAAGCUCUCUCAAUUUUACUGCUUUUAGUAUCGCAUCCUAAAGGACGGACUGAAAUUGGAAGGUUAUCGUUCAUUGUAACUCUGGUUGAGAUCAUGAAAGAUGGGACCCCGAAGAACAAGGAGUGUGCCACAUCAGUCCUCCUUGAGUUGGGUUUGAACAAUUCAUCUUUCAUUUUGGCUGCACUGUAGUAUGGUGUGUACGACUAUCUGGUAGAGAUUAUGAGAUGCGGAACCAACAGAGCCCAAAGAAAAGCAAAUUGUCUUCUGCAACAUAUGUACAAAUGUGAACACAUCCCAUGGAACUUCAAU